AUGGAAAUCGAUCCUAUGACACAUCAACCUUUAAACAAAGUAUCUAGAAAAUCAUUCCAUACAUACGAAACUUCACCGAAAGCCGGCAAUGUAAAGAUAAGUGAUUAUAAAAGCAAAGAGAUUGAUGGAGGAACGAUGAUGAAUUCCAUAGAUGAAAGUAGCACAAUCACACAUCAAGAUAGUUCAGCUGAUGAUUAUGAGUUACUCGGUGACGAUUUGUUUAACAUUCUAUGGACCAACGAUGAGCCUCCUCUAGUCGAUGAGUCAUGGAGCAACAAUAACGUCGAUGUUGGUGGUUCGGCCUUGGGAAAGAAUAUAUUUUCCGCCGGGGAAGAUUUUCCGACAUGGCCAUCGGAGAAGAAGAACGUUGAAAGUUGGAUGUUUUUGGAUUAUUGUCAAGACUUUGGUGUUCAAGAUUUUGGUUUCGAGUGUUACCAUGAUUUUGGCCAGAGCUCCACAGAGACUGGUCCCAAGGAUUAG